AUGAGGAGAACGAUUGUCCAUUCGAGAAAUUUCUCAAGCACAGAAAGGUCUCUCAGACCAAAGUACGACCCAGAGAAGCACAUUCAAAAUGCCAAGCUGCCAACAUUUCAUUUCCAAGACUCACUCCCGCGCAUGGCCAUUCCACCCCUAGCGCAGACUGACAAGAAAAUCCGAGAGGCAGUAAAAGCUCUUGAAGGUCAUCCAAAAUUCACUGCUGAAAAAAUCGCAAAUUUCGAAAAGCUCUGGGCCGAUUUUGUCGCCUCCGAGGGACCUAAACUUGACCAGCUUUUACGAGACGAUGACGAGCAGAAUUUCAAAAAUUCUAAUUUUUUGAAUAAACCAUGGACAGAAAUGUACCUUCGUGACAGGAGACCUCUUCCGAUGAACUACAAUCCUACUGUCGUUUUGACUGACGCGGGACAGACCCCACCAUUCCGACCCUUUCAAUUCCAGCGCGCUGCUCAAAUCGCCUGGGCUUCGGCAAAAUUCUACCUCACUCUCAAAGACCACCUUCUCGAGCCUGACGUUUUUCAUAUGAAAGGCAAGCCAAGUCCGAAAGCUGAUUUUCUCGCCAGAUGGCUUCCAAGCACAAGAAUUUCUUGGAAAUCGAAGGGAAUCGAGAACCAAAGCAUGAAAUAUUUGCCAUAUGCGAUGAAUAUGAGCUUUCCGAUUGACAUGUCUCAGUACAAAAACAUCAUGUUCAGCACCCGAAUUCCAGAAAAGGACAUCGAUCGUAUCCAACGCGGUCCCCUCGAAACUCGCCAUGCAACAGUCCUCUACUGUGGUCGCUUUUACAAAAUCGACCUCUUCGACUCGAACUGGAACGUAAAAUCACAGGAGGACAUUUUCGCUGAUUUCGCGGCAAUCCAAGCUGAUGGCGACGCCCGCGGAUUCAAUCAAGACUCCAUUUGCCCGCUUUCUUCUGCUGAGCGAGAUUUUUGGGCAGAAACGCGGCAAAUGCUCGUUGAAAAUGGAAAUCAAGAGGCGCUGGAUGCAGUGGAUCACAGUAUGGUUUGCUUUACGCUUGACAAUUAUGCCUACAACGAUGCUGGGGAGUGUUGUUCGGAGACUUACAGUGGCCCAGCUAAGAAUCGCUGGCACGACAAAUCCAUCCAAAUUGUCAUGGGCAAGUGUGCCCUUCCUGGCGUCAAUUUCGAACACGCCUGGGGCGAUGGAGCAGCUGUUCUCAGCUACAUGAACAAGAUCAAUCAUUAUAUCGAAGAAACACUUGCUGAUAAAACUUGCAUUUUGAACCGGGAUUUCAAAACCGACAAGGUGUCGAAAGCGGUUGAAAUCGAGUUCAAGCUCAACGAUGAAAUCAAAAGUCGAAUCGACGAAGCUCAAGCGGCGCAUGAUGAAAGAUGGAAUCGACUUCAAUGCUGCGUCAUGCCACUUGGCAAGGCUCCUGCUGCGAUGAAUGAGUUCUACUACGACCAGGAGGCGCAGGAAACGAAGGAUAUCUUCAGCCAUCCACUCAACCGAAACUGGAUGUUGAGCAAAAAGCUAGGAGCAGACGGUUUCUGCCAACUGGGGCUGAUGAUCACUGGGACAAAGUAUUACGGUCAUCCUGUGUCAGGAACCGGGCCAAAACAUGGACGAACCGAAUGUAUUCGUCCAUGCACCGCAGAGGGCCAAGCUGCUGCUAGAAUUUACAUUCAUGAAGACAUGAGCAAGGUUGAAAACAAGAAGAAAUUUGCUGCUGCGAUCAGAGCUGCGAUCAAAAGACAUAAUAAACAAACAAAAGAAUGCCUCGGUGGAAAUGGAUGGGACAGACAUAUUUUUGGAAUGAGGCAUCAGGCAAAGAAAAAUUCUCUUACCGAACACGAUGUUUUCAACACAGAAACUUUCCAAGGCCUCUUCGAAUUUCCACUUUCGACCUCGACGUUGAACUCGGACGCUGUCUCGUUGGGAGCAUUUGCCCCUGUUGUACCAGGCGGCUUCGGACUCGGCUACAUCGUUUAUCCCGAUUGGCUUGGUGUCUCCAUCUCCGGAUUCAAGGACGAGGGAGCGGAUGUUUACGAGUUCAGAAAACUGCUCUUGCAAGUCUUUGAAGAUAUGAUGGACGCUGUUGAAGCUGAACAACUCUAG